GAGCUCUUCUCCCCUGCGCACCUCCUCCCGUUCCAUGGCCGCCCCGAGCUCCUGGGCCUCCCCGUUCCACGAAAGAAGAGCUUAGCGCUUCCUCUGAGCCUCCUCCGUCCUUUUCCAGCUCUCGGCCGCCGCCUCCGUCCGUGGCAGGUUAUUCUUCGUCGAGCAGAGAGAUAGAGAGGAAAGAGCGAGAUUUGAAGCCAGAUCCAUGGGGAAGUACGUGGAGCUGCUGGACAUGGGUGUGCGCAUCGCGGCGCGGUUCCACUCCCACUGCCCCCAGACGGCGCGGAUGUACUACCACCCCCCGGGUUCCUCGGCGGCCGCCAACCACGCCGGCGACGGCGCCGGGAUGCUGCCGACCGAGGGCGCCGCGGCGGGCGCUGUGGCCAUGAUGAAGAUGCAGCAGCGGGCCGCCGUCGACGCCGCGGACAUCAUCCUCUACACCGUCGUCUAGGGCCGGCCGAUGCUGUGUCCUUGUGCCGUGGAUGAAGAUUUGAGGCAGAGAUGCUAUCUUGUUAUCUUUAUUUCUUUGUUUUGGAGAGGGAAAGGGAGAGGGAAAUGAGAGAUUUAUCGGUUGAUUGAAUGAAUGAAUGGAUUGAAGAAAUUUGCAA